AUGGCUUCGACGGUCGUAUUGUCAGCGCUUCUAUGUGUGUUUGCUGUAGGACUCAAUGCAGCACCCCCAGGAGGACCCAAGCUCCCUUCAGAAGACUGGAUGGAAGUAGCAGGAAUCUAUGGAGAUAACAUCGACGGAGAUAUCGUGGAGACCAAGAAUACAAGAUAUUCUAUUACCAAAACCUGGCCAGGCGGGGUUGUACCAUACGUCAUUGACCCAACUAUACAAUCUGAGGGCAGACAGAGGAUAGGUAAUGCGGUGAAACAUUACAAGGAGAAGACCUGCAUCCAAUGGAUACCGCGAACCAACCAGAGAGAUUACGUUCUCUUUACAGCUGCGGGCAAAGGGUUCAACAGCCCUAUUGGUAAGGUCGGUGGUAUGCAGAAGAUUAACUUAGAGUUCGCCUGCACGCGCUACGACGACGCCGCCGUCAUCCACGAGAUGAUGCACAGUUUGGGAUUCGGUCACGAGCAAAAUCGUCCCGACAGAGAGAACUUCGUGAGAAUCAACACCCAGAAUAUUGGAAAGUUCGCUACUGCCUUCAAGAAAACAAGCACUGGUCUCACUCAGCUGACCCCAUACGACUACACCAGUGUCAUGCACUACGGCGCCAAAUCCUUCAGUGCCAAUGGAAAAGAGACAAUCUCAACUCUCACCGGCGAAACCAUUCGGCCAUCUAAGGUGUUGAGCGAAAUGGAUAUAUUUGAACUGUCUUUGAGAUACAACUGCCAGCCGAAGCACAAUAUGCAAGCCAAAGUGGCAUGCGAAGGCAAUUCUCUCAGUAUUUCGUGCGGGACUGGCCGUAUCUCUGUCGUUGGCUCCGUCUAUGGACGAAUUGACAAAAACACCUGUACUAACAGCGUCUUUACAACCGUCAGCAACUGCGCAUCCACAACGGCGCCGGCCAAGGUCAAGGCCACGUGUGACGGGAAGAGCUCGUGUCAAUUACGUGCCACGACCUCGACCUUCGGAUCUGACCCUUGCCCCGGAACACACAAAUAUCUGAACGUUGUGUACAAGUGCAUUGGCGGCAGCGGAACUGGGACCGGCACCGGGACAGGCACCGGAACAGGCACAGGAACGGGCACGGGGAAUUGCGCUUCCAUGACGAGGUACCCCAACUCCUUUUACGUCGGUGGAGAUGACAUAAAGAGUAUGACAGGCGUCACAGAGCAGCAGUGUGAAAGCGCAUGCGCAUCAAACAGCAAAUGUCCUGCCGCGUCUUAUAGGGCCUCAUCACGCACUUGCUGGCUGCACGCCACCCUCCGCAAGAAAGGCUCCCUUACUGGUUGGACCGCCUUUGAGAAGCCUGCUCAAUGCGCUACCAUAACAACUGUUGUUGUCACCAAUCCACCAUGUGUCAUGAACACGAUAGCCGGACAAUUUGUCAUCGGAGGCGAGGAUAUUCGCGCAUUUAAUGCUAAAAGUGCUAGCGCCUGCUCCGACGCCUGCUUGAACGAACCGAAAUGUCCUAUGGCAACUUACAAGGCUAGCAGCAAGACUUGCUGGCUCCAUGCUACCUCCAGAAGGAAGGGCACGGCCUCGGGGUGGACCGUGUUUGAGAAGGGCGCCAACUGCUAAACUGCUUUCCACGUCAACGCAGUCCCUUCCAAAUUUUAUAUGGUACUGAUUUUCUCAGCUGAAGGGUUUGGAAAAUGGGGAAAGCGCUUCCAUUUUUAAAUGGCAGUCAUUUUGUUGAAAUAUGCGUUCUUUGUGUCACUUUGUUGAUAGGCCUGUACACAUACACUGAAUAAUAAAUUAAUAGACAAAACAUUUCCCUGGUCUAGAUGGCGACCUAUAACAUUAAAAUUUGAAAAGUAUGUAGAUCAUGUCAGUAAGUCUGUUUGGUCUUCUGUCCAGUACUUGUUAACUAAUCUGGACAACCCCAGUGACAAAAACUUAAACAAAAAUCCAUUAAACUACUGCGGGGGUACAGUCAUUAAAUCUCGGUUCCAUUGGGACGACACAU